GCUUGUAAGAGAAAACAUCCCACUUCCGUGUUGUUACUGCUGAGGCACACUGCUUGGUCUUCAUCCUCUUCUGCACUGCUAUUAUGUUACCACAGCUACAAGCAUAGAGCAUCUUCCAAGAAUAUGUUGUAAACCAUUUCCUUCUUGCUUAGAAACAAAAGAACCCCACCCCAAAAAUGGUCUUUUGUAACAAUACUGCAAAAAUAUGAUAAUGUGUGUAGCAAAAGCACUGAUAAAAUGGGUGAGGGCACUGUUCUGUGCAACUACUCAGAAAUGCCUGUAUGAUCUCUUCAAAGCCUUAAAGCAAACAUCUCUUUUUAAAGUUGUCUCAAAAGCUGCAAAGUGAAAUUUGCUAUUUCCAUAGAUGAUGGGGGGAGUUGUUCAAAUUAAAUUCUGAGAACGUUAAGGUGCCUGAAGCAAGGCCACGCAGUCACCAACUUUGAGAAGACCCAAUGCCUCCCAGCAAGUCGCAUGGGCAACACGUUUAUUUAUUGCACUAACUCCACAAAAGUGAAUGCUUUGUUUCAGUCUUCCUCUUAAUAAUUCUCUGGCUUAACAAGGGCCUUUCACACCAUAGAUGAUUCAAGUAUCACACAACAUAUUUCCUCACACAACAGCCUCGGACGCGGGGCCAGGUGACUACUACCUGAAACGGCGAAUCGCGCCCGUAAUACCCCAGUGCACCCUUUGGACAGAGCUGGGCCAAAGGCUUCUCCGCCGCCACAAUGAAGUUCUCCCGGCUUCCACUGCGACUAGAAGAUGAAUAAUCUUUCCUUUAGUGAACUGUGUUGCCUGUUCUGUUGUCCACCAUGCCCAGGGAAAAUUGCCUCCAAAUUGGCAUUCUUACCUCCUGAUCCCACAUAUACGCUGAUGUGUGAUGAGAGUGGUAGUCGCUGGACUUUACAUCUCUCAGAGCGAGCAGACUGGCAGUAUUCUUCUAGAGAAAAAGAUGCCAUUGAAUGCUUCAUGACUAGAACAAGUAAAGGUAACAGGAUUGCCUGUAUGUUUGUGCGUUGCUCACCUAACGCCAAGUAUACUUUGCUCUUCUCACAUGGAAAUGCCGUUGACCUAGGUCAGAUGAGCAGCUUUUACAUAGGGCUGGGUUCACGGAUUAAUUGCAACAUAUUCUCAUAUGAUUAUUCUGGAUAUGGUGCAAGUUCUGGGAAGCCAACAGAGAAGAAUUUGUAUGCUGACAUUGAUGCUGCUUGGGUGGCUCUUAGGACAAGGUACGGAAUCCGCCCUGAAAAUGUGAUUAUAUAUGGCCAGAGUAUAGGAACAGUACCAUCUGUGGAUCUUGCUGCUAGGUAUGAAAGUGCUGCUGUAAUUCUUCAUUCUCCCCUGACCUCAGGAAUGCGAGUAGCUUUUCCUGAUACGAAGAAGACGUAUUGCUUUGAUGCAUUCCCAAACAUUGACAAAAUUUCUAAAAUAACAUCUCCUGUGUUAAUAAUCCAUGGGACUGAAGAUGAAGUAAUUGACUUUUCACAUGGCCUAGCAUUAUUCGAGCGUUGCCAGAGACCUGUAGAACCACUGUGGGUAGAAGGAGCAGGCCAUAAUGAUGUGGAACUCUAUGGACAGUACCUUGAAAGAUUAAAACAGUUUGUGUCACAGGAACUGGUGAACUUGUAAUUUUCUUUGUAUAUUUACAUGCUUUUUCAUUUCACUGCAGAACUGCACACCUUGAUAAACACAUAACAUGAAACCUGAAGGUUGUGUUUUCAAAUCAUCUUGGUUGCCUUCAUUAAAUGUACAGGUAAUGAUUUGUCAACAUAAUUAAUGAAGGUUUUAAUGCCAGUAUUAUAAACUGGAAUUACAUGAUCAUGCAGUCAAGCUUGGCAGUUCAUAUUACUUUGUGUGAAGUUUUUUCCUUCUUAGAUGUAAAAAAGAAAAUCACAAGGAGUACUGUACAAAAUUUCAAUUAUGUAAAAUCAAAUGCUGUAAGAGUGUGGCCAAAUGCUUUAGCAUAUCAAAAACAAGUUUAUAAAUAUUUUUUAAACAUCUCAAAAUGUACUGUGAGUUACUGUGUUGCACAGAUGUAAAUUAAAAACCAGACUUCUAAGCAGUUGUUCUGUAAAAUGUAAUAGCCAUGAAAUUUGAUCAAAUACUAAUGUAUGUAAUAAGAAUAGGCAGUCACUGGAAAUGGCCCAUGCCCUGUUAUAGGGGGAGAGGGUCAAAACAGAUCUCUUUUUUUCCCCAUAUUUUUCUAUCUUUUGUGCUUAGUUUCACUUUUGGUGUUCUGUUCUUGUGUUAACCCUUACCUCUCAGGUUAAACAAAUUUACCCACUCAUCAGCAGUCCUAAUCUUGCCAAAGUAAUGCUGCAAGUUAUCAUUGUUGUAAUGCAGAUACUCACUUGAUUGCUACUGAGGCCACCAAAUACUACUUUGAAACCAGUAAGACUUUUAGAACCUAGAAGGCUUUGUGGACAAUGUAGUUUUAAACAUUGAUUGCAUAGAGAUGCAAUAUUCAUUAGAAAAAACCCUGGAAGUUUAUCCAAUUUUGUAAUAAACAAUUUGCAAGUUUGCAGUUGUCUGAUGAGGCUGGCUUUUGGAUGUUUUGUGUAAAUGAUUAUUGUUUUUUGAGUAUUGUAUGGAAAUUUUACUAAUCACACCUGGAUGGGGUGGGGGGAGGGGCAAGAAGAGAAUGUUGACAUUUUUCUAUUAACUCAUGGUAAAAUAAACUUCGUAAGUUGCCUUUCCCUUGAAUGCAUUUUACAUGAAUAAAAAUAUGAAAAGUAAACUUAAUUAUAUGUAGCCUAUUUGUAAACAAAGUAAUAUUCCAACAAUACACACUGUGCUUCUGAUUUAAGGCCUUAUGUAGUUUAAUUGUUCUGCCUGUUUUUUGUGAUUGAGACUAUUGUAUACUUAAAUGUAGCUUCAAUUAUUGUGAAAAUUUCAGUUAAGAUGUGUUGAUUAACAGUAAACAAUAUUCCACAUA